AUGGAUUCCAAUUCAUAUAUACCACCGGUCUCAAACUUUGUAGACCUUCUGAAUAGUCAGCAAGAGACUGUCUUUGGUGAAGUUUCUUCCUCCCAAGUCCCUCUCUUUGGCAGUCAACCAACAGCAGAAGAGACUACUGGAGAGCGUAAAGAAAGGAGGUCUUGGACGCCUGUAGAUGAUGUUGCUCUCAUUAGCGCUUGGCUUAACACAAGCAAAGACCCGGUUGUAGGCAACGAGCAAAGAGCCGGUGCGUUCUGGAAAAGGGUUGCUGCGUACUUUGCGGCUAGUCCGAAGGUUGCAGGAGCUGAACCGAGAGAGGCAUCACAUUGUAAGAACCGGUGGCAGAAGAUCAAUGACCAAGUGAACAAAUUUUGUGGGGCUUAUGACUCUGCAACAAGAGAGAAGAGUAGUGGCCAAAAUGAGAACGAUGUUCUCAAGCUUGCGCAUGAGAUCUUCUACACCAACCACAAAAAGAAGUUCACUCUUGAGCAUGCAUGGAAGGAGUUGCGGAACGACCAGAAAUGGUGUGAAAUGUCAGCAGCUAAAACCGCAGGAAGCAUUAAAAAGAGGAAGGGUGAUGAGAGUGCACAAUCAGCGAGCUCAUACGCAUUUGAAACAACCACUGGUGAAGAAGAGCAGGCCACCAUUCGUCCCCCAGGUGUUAAGGCCUCAAAGGGCUUUGGUAAGAAGAUGAUGGCAGAGGGUAAGAAAUUAACUGAGUUUCAAAGUCUGUGGAGCAUCAGGAAGGAGGAUAUCGCGGCAAAAGAUAAGGUGGCGAAGAUGAAGCUACUUCAGUCAUUAGUAGGAAAGGAACUACCUGCGUAUGAGGAAGCUCUGAAAAAGAAGCUCAUCGAUGAGUUGAUGUCUAACUAG